AUGGACUCUUUCUCCGAAAAGAACUUGUAUACGGGGCACUCGAUGUUCAAAGAACGGGGCCCUGACGUCUCUCGCUUUCGACAGUUUCUUAAUCUACUGGGAUGCAUUAUCGUGAUCCCCAUAUACUCAUACAUUACGGGCUAUACGCGUCACCCGUUAACCCUAGAUAUUCUGCUCACUAUUUUUGCGGCCGAAUAUAAUCGUUAUGCAAAUGAGAGCCGCCGGAGACGGCUGCAAGCCCCUUCCAAUCAAGACCUUGAAAAGGCCAGUUAUCUACUCACCAAUGCGGAUCGGGGCCCAGAAUGCAUGGCCGCCAUUGUAGGCUACCGGGAAGACCCCGAACUCUUUGCGAGGGCACUGGAGAGUUACAAGGACACAGCGGAGUGUCGUUUUGUCCUGGUCGGAGUCGAUGGGGAUGACACGCCUGACAUGGAGAUGGUUCAAGUCUUCCAACAAGUUUUCACCGACAGAUCAGCGGUCAUUCAGAUCGAGGAGCCUUUGGGUGAGAUUGCCAUGAAGACUUUUGAAAAGCUCUCCAGCAUCGAUGGGAACUCCCAAGCCCCCCAGGUGUAUAUGGAAGCUACUAUCGCCCACUGCUGCCGUCUUGCUCGCGAAAUUUUGGCUGAGCAUGACCUGGAUCUCGGCGAGUCUGGUGGCAUUACCAGGCUGUGUCUAUUCCAGCCGCAUCUGCAUAAGAAGGGUAUUAUGUUCUCAGCAUUUAUCUUUUCUAUUGUCAUCUCUGAGAUGCUUGGGAUUGAGUAUCUGUGGUCCUCCGACUCCGACACAAUUGUCUUACCCUCUUCUCUACGAAGCACGAUUGAAACUAUUGCUGGAGACCCCCACGUGGGUGGAGGUAGUUCUGGCCUAAUUGUGCACAAUGAAAAUGAUUCUAUCACCACGAAACUCGGCAGUGUGGUCUACUGGUCUGAGCUGUACAUGACCCGCUCAGUCUCGACCUCGUCAGGAACCAGUGAUUGCCAGUCUGGCCCCAGCACAGCCUUCCGAGUCUCUGCGCUCCCAGCGGUCUUGUAUCCAUGGUAUACGCAGACCGUGCUGGGACACCGCAUGAUCGUCAAUGAGGACCGCCAUUUGACAACAAACCUACUCAUGCGCGGAUGGACCGUGACUUAUGUCUCCGACACAUUGACUGCGACCGAUACGCCUACCACCUUGAGUCGCUGGAUCAUGCAGCAAGUCCGCUGGAGCCGAGCAGGCCACAUCGAAUCCUUCCAACAGCCCCAGGUCUACCUCCUCAACAACCCUCUGUUCUUCUGGGCCGCCAUCAAGCGUGAGGCCGGCCCUCUGCUAGGAUUUGCCUACAUUCUUUACUACCUGAUCACGGGUAGAUGCUUUGCCUACUUUAACUGGUAUGAUGUCGGCAUCCGUAUCGCCUAUACCCUCAUCUAUAAUUUCUUCCGCAACCCCGAUCGUGGUCCAAGCAACUACUGGUUCUGGAUCGCUCCGGGCCUCCUGUUCUACAAUAUCCCCCUUCCAAUGAUUCACCUGUGGAGCUUGAUAACCGUGUUCCAAGAUGGCUGGGGGACGUCCAUGCGCUCUACGAGCGAGCUGUCGCAGCGCGGUAAGGCCUGGAAGCGAUGGAACGAUCUGGGUUUCUUUGUUGUGUGGAUGGGCAUUGUUGGAGGCACAUUGGCACGCAUGUUUGCGAAUAUGGCUGGCUGGGAUCAGAUGAGUAUCUUCAAGGCUAUUAUCUUGGGCAUUCUCGUGCCCUCGGCGGUGUCCUUUUACGGGCUGGUGAUGCGUGAAUGA